CCAAUUUUUGUACACAAAAAAACUUUGCGUUGUUUGUUUAAAUGAAUUUUGAACAGUUUUUUUAGUUGCAAAAUUAUUUCGGGUUGUGAGCCACCGGCCCCUCGGCUGGUAAAUCAGUUCUCUAACGCAGCCAGUCGAAAAGUUGAAUCUUGAAAGUUGCUGGAAAGUUUCGCACUGACUUGCAAAGUUAAAUCGGUCGAUUGCAAAAGUGUGCGGAGUCUAAAUUAAGACGGCACGAUGUCUAGGAGGCCACGCAGGAUAUUACCACCGCGCCAUGACGACUUUCAGUUCGGCUUCAUGUUCCCGGACCUGCCGCGGCCCUUCAAUGUCACCUACAAGUGCUAUUCGAUUGCCAUGUUACCGGGCAACGAAAGAGUGGACGUCGAGCGCGGCGGAAAAAUUAUUAUGCCUCCGUCUGCCUUGGACCAGCUCACCAGGUUGAACAUUAACUAUCCAAUGCUCUUUAAAUUGGUCAACAAGAACACGAACCGCGUCACGCAUUGUGGUGUGUUGGAAUUUGUUGCUGAUGAAGGAAAGAUAUAUUUACCCCUGUGGAUGAUGCACAAUAUGGUUUUGGAGGAAGGAGAUUUGGUCCAAAUGGAAAAUGUGUCGCUUCCAGUUGGAACAUUCUCAAAGUUCCAACCAUUGUCACCCGAUUUUUUGGACAUUACAAACCCUAAAGCUGUCUUAGAGAACUGCUUAAGAUCCUUUGCUUGUUUAACAACUGGAGAUGUAAUAGCAGUAAAAUACAACCAAAAAGUUUAUGAGUUGUGUGUCAAAGAAACUAAACCAGGCGAUGCUAUUAGCAUUAUUGAAUGCGACAUGAAUGUAGAAUUUGAAGCACCAGUUGGAUACAAAGAACCUGAACAAUUAAAGAAAGAAGAUGAAGAAAUGUCCGUGGAUCCCUCAGAUUUGAUGCCAGAACCCUCAGGUUUUGUGGCGUUUAGAGGCGCGGGCAAUCGACUGGACGGCAAGAAACGAAAAGAUUCUACGUCGGACGAAAAAACCGUACAAAAACCAAAAUAUGUACGUGGCAUUCCCGAUUACGAUUGGGAAAUUGGCACACUGAGGUUCAUGAGGAAGAGCACGAAACCGACGAACAAGGAGAGCAAUGAAGGCAUCGAUUUUAAGGCAUUCAGCGGCAACGGCUUCAGUUUGAAAGGUAGAAAGUAAUUGGGCUGUGAUUUUUUUUGCCGUUUAUUUUUAGUGGUUUUGUUUUAUUGGAUUUUAAUAAAUAUUUAUUUAUUAAUGUAAA